CUGAUGUCCAAUCGUCUUCUCUUUCUGACUUUGCUGCAGUGUAUGGUCACUUCGGGAUUUGCCUAACGCCCACCUCUUGGUCCCUCCACCCCCCUCCACCAUCGGAAAAAAAGAAAAGAAUGACGACGCCUGCAAACAAACUCGAUCCCAAGGAUGUUCAGUGUCGUGUUAGGCACACCCGCAUGGGGAUAUGGGACCUCUACGAGGAUCCCAAGACUGAUGUGUCCCGCAUAGGCGGCAUAGCGUGGACAUAUGCCCAGAUAGUUGAGAGUGUACCGCAUAUAUCGCGCACGUUGAAGGACAUACUCAGCAUCAGACGAGCUUGGAUGCCGCUCUCCGCAUUUCUUGUAAUAGAAGUCUUAGCUUCCCUUACACCUGCCGUUUCCCUAUGGUACACUGGUCAACUGUUCGGCCUUGCAGAGACAGUAAUCGAGACGCGUACUGCGGACUCGAUAGUGCUCGUUCAUGUUGCAGCAGGACAUCUUACAUGCGCAACAUUCCACAGGAAGCGCAUAUUCAACUCCUUAGUUUGCCUCGACUUACCCACCUAUGAAGAAUUGGUUUCCAUGGGAAGAAUAUCCACGUCUGACUAUUGGGUCUCUGGCGUAGGUUUUCAGACCGUUGAGAUGUUGAUGAAGAUUGCCACGACAAUUCUUCGUCUGCUCUCUCAGUUUUUAGUUCUGAUAACAGUCCUGCGAGAGCAACAGGAUGGUCUCCUUCUUGGGGUUCUCAGCCUUUUUCAAUCUAUAUUUUACUGGCAUGACACACGAACAGUGGCCAGGUCCUUGGUUUGGGUUGCGACCACGGCCAAUGAAGGUUAUGUUCGCAUGAAAGGCCUGUGCCAAAUCGUCGAUGAGGAUUUUUACCGGAAGGAACUUGUCGCAGGCAACCUUGGCGAAUGUAUCGCUGCACGAUUUCACGAAUCCUCUAAGCGCGUAGACGAUGAUGCGAUUAAUGUUUCAGAGUUGGAACAAACCUGUUCUGUCAAAGAUAGUUUGAGCAUGUCAUCCAUCCUCCGAGAAAUAAUACACAUAUUGCCUCUGAUUGUCUUCACCUUGCGCGUCGUGCAAAGGCAAAUGACCAUCCCACUUUCCUUGGUGUCACUCAUACUGAUCUAUCAAACUUCUAAUUCGUUUGAUAUAUGCUCUAUGCAUGCUAUAGAUAAUAUGAAGAAUAAGGUAGUGGACGGCCCAGAACCGUUCCCAGAGGACCAGCAGUCUCUCAGGAGUGGCAUUUCCAUCGAAUUCAGAAAUGUAUUGUUUCAGUACCCUGGCGCAGAGGGGUAUGCUCUCCGAAAUGUAUCAUUCAAGAUCGAAGCGGGUCAACUUUGCGUCAUUGUUGGGACGAAUGGUUCUGGAAAGAGUACAAUAUUGAACCUUAUCUGCCGCAUCUACGACCCCAUAGAGGGUAUAAUUCUUAUCGACAACCGCGACAUCAAAACUCUUAGGCUCGCUGACCUCCGCAAUGCCAUGUCCAUCCUUUUCCAAGACUUCACACACUUCCCCCUCUAUAUACGCGAGAACAUUGGACUUGGCAACCCCACGCUGGCACAUGAUGACGACAAGAUCCGUGAAACCGCCCGUCUCGGCGGUGCAGAGGAGUUUAUUAACGAGCUCCUUCAUGGAUUCAACUCCUACCUGCACCGUCCCGUGGGCGAUUACUACGCACCACUCCGCGUCGACUUCUCCGCGGUAAAGGACUGUACGUGGAUAUGCCUUGACCUUUCCAGUGCUGGUGCUGAGUUGUUGAAUAGUUCUCGCACAUUCAUGCGCUCGUUGGCCUCCGAGACAGAGUCUUCCGCUGGCAUGUUAUUAUUCGAUGAGCCGAGUGCCUCCCUUGACCCUAUGGCCGAACACGAUCUUUUCGAGCGCCUCCGGAAGUUGAGAGGCAACAAGACCAUGAUAUUCUCCACUCACCGGUUCGGGAACCUCACCCGGCAUGCGGAUCUUAUUUUGUACUUGGACCAAACUGUUCAGGAACAAGGCACGCACGAUGAACUGAUGUCGAAAGGGGGAGAGUAUGCUCGUAUGUGGAAUCUGCAAGCAAACGCUUUCAUUUAAACCGAGACACACAUUGUACAAUACCCAGGAUUGCUAUGUCGUUCUUAUACUAAGCAUCCAUCCUCAAGUAUAUACCACAGCUAUGCAAUAAUAUAGCCCGGGCAUACCACAGCAUAAAAAUAGCAGCAACAGAAAUAUUGAUUUUGAAUUCGGUCGACGA